CCUUUUGCUUUCUGGUGAAUUGUGUAAUGAUGCUAAACGGUUAUUACAGCAGGUACAAAUAAGGGUUUGCUGUAAACAUAAAUCUGUGGAUCAUAAAAAUUCAAUUUUAACGGUCCUUGAGCAUUGCACAUUCACAUUUACUCGAGAAGUAGAUACGAAGUGCUGAUUUAUAUGAUUGUUUGGAUGCUGCUACAUACUUCAAAAUGGAUUUUUUUUUCGUUCUUCACCUUUUAUUUUAUUUCUUGAUAUGGACCGUUUUUGUCCCUGCGAUGGCCUCGAUUAGCGUAGUAACACAAUAUGGCUCAUCUUUCGAUGCGAUUGAGAGCCUGCGACCGAAUAUCGGCAACAAUGCAGCAGUCCUACAACAGGCUGUUCGCACAGCAAUACCCGGCGUCACUUUUCCCCAGUUAUCCAGUAUUCCGGUUACGUCUUUUAACUGUAGCAACAUCCCUCACGUCGGGUUUUACGCCGAUGUUGAGACCGGCUGCCAAGUUUAUCGUCGAUGUCGUGGACAGAGAAUGGCAUCAUAUUUAUGUCCAAAUGGAACGCUGUUUAACCAAAUCACUUUAACUUGUGAUUGGUGGUACAAUGUAAACUGCUCCAGAUCGAAACCAUUUUAUAUGUAUUCAAACAUCCGACUAUAUAAUCCAAACGAGUACUUAUUGGACGGUCGAGCCGGACAAGCACCAGGAACUGGAAAAGCACCGGGCAGUUACAGCGGCAACUGGACGGACAGUGGACACAAGCAAAAGGUUACGAAAAGUGUGGCGCACAACCAGACUAAAAACUUCACACCAGGCCCAGUUUCAAGCCAAGCAGUAAAGACAUCCACGACCACGACUAAAGCAAACAAAAAUCAAGAAGUGGUGACGGUCGCCACUGCCGAACGACAGGCUCGCAAAGGCUCAGGAAACGAAGUCAAAAGAGAACCUAAUGUACUAGUCGACUUUUCGGGACAGCCCGGUAAAUCUUCAGCUGCAGGCACUGGAGAAAGUGAGUUGUUGAAUACAACGAAUUUCGGCGGCUAUGUGUUCCCUGGUGGAGGCAGUUACACGGGCGAUACGCCUGCAAAAUAUGCAAAGGGCGAAAACGAAUCUUCAGGAACGUAUGCAUUCCCGGAUUUAUUUUACACCCAUCCCAGAACAGCGGAGGGAGACAAGGCACUCGAUCAUGCUGGCGAAAAAUACGUAACUAGAAAAUACUUAAGGCAUCGUUUGCUUGUACCGUUUCGGUUUGCAAUCCACAGCCAUCAGAAAUCUGGGGAAAAUAUUACGCUUUCGACAAAUUCAAAAUUAGCAUUUCGACAGCUGCGGAAAUUAUCUCGUUGAAGGAUUACUGCUGAUCGCAGUCAUUUUUGUUGAUAUUUAUAUCUUGGAAAUUAUUAAAUUAUGACAUCUUUAUGUCCCA